CAAAACUAAAUUACUUAAAAAUAUAAGAAAAAAUAAAUUAAAAUGUUUGAUUAAUUGGACAUAUUUGCGAGCUAAAUUUUCCUUAGAUUUAAUAAAUAGGCAACCUACAAAACAAGAUUAGGUUCUUAUGUUUCUCUUAUAAUUAUAUUUUUAAUUAUAUAUAAAUUGGUUGGUACUAUGGUAGAUUUAAUUUAGAAAAACAAUCCUUAAGUUAUCUAUAAUGAUAGAUAAGUUGACAAUCCUGCAGCUUUUAUUGCUAACAGUAAAACAUUUCCUAUUGCGUUUGGUAUGGAAAGACCUAUUGACUUUACACAUUUUAUAGAUGAAAGCAUUUAUACAGUUUCUGCUUUUUGGAAGCAUAAAAUUUAGAUUUAUGAUGAGACUGCUAAGUAGUAUGUAGCUGUUUGGGAUUAAAAAAGUGUAGAUAUCAAACCAUGUACAUUAGAUAAUUUCUAAAAUCCAGACAACUAAAAAUAUUAUCUUAGUCUUAAUUAUACUGAUAUGUACUGUCUUCCUCCUGAUUUAGAUUUGACAAUUUAAGGAGAUUUUCCCUCACCUGAGUAUUCAGAAAUUGAAUUAAUUGUGAAAAAAUGUACUUAAAAUUGCUAGCCUUAAGAAAUACUGGACUAGUUUUUACUGAAAUCUAAUUUUGGAAUUUAAAUGUCAGACUCUUACGUAGAUCCCUCUAUCCCUGAUAAUCCUUUCAAGAUCUAUUCUAGAGAUAUGUUUUGGUCAACAAGUACUUAACUUCCAAAGGAUGUUUUUGUUUACAUCAGAAAUAACUAUGUUUACAGUGAUUUUGGAUUGCUAUUUUCUGAUGUUAAAACGCAGGUAUUCCCUUCAUAUAGCUUUUACUAAACCUAUGAAUUUCCUCCCUCAUUUUAAGAUUACUUUUUAAGUAUUCAUUUCAGAUUCGAAACUCAAAAAGAAGGAGUUUAUAAAAGAAGCUACUAGAAAUUCAGCUAGAUGAUAUCUGAAAUUGGUGGGUAUAUUCAAAGUUUUCUAGCAAUUGGUUAUUUAAUUUGUAGAAAAGCAUCAUAAGUAAAGUUAGAUAUUGAUUUAAUAAGUAGGGCUUUCAAAUUUCAAGAAAGCACUUAAAAUGAAGAGUAGUAAUAAAUAUAAAAAGAAAAGAAAGAAUAAAUUGAAAAAGCAGAACUAAUUGAUAGAAAAAAAAUAAAAAUUUCAUAGAAGAAAUAAUUAAAUGAUAAAAAGCAUAAAAAAAAAGAGAAAGAAAAAACUUUUAACACUGAAGAAUAUUAGCAAAAGUAGGAUGAAUAAAACUCUAAUUUUUUUCAAUCUGCAAAUUUAUAUAAUCAUAGUUAAAAAAUCAAUAAUUAUCAAUAAGCAUUUAAAAACUCCUAAAUUAUUGAUAAUAAUGGUCAAAUUUAACAUUCCAAUGAAAUUUGUUAUAAUUUAAAUAAAUAAGAUGUGGUUUUAUAAUAAAAAGAAAGCAAAUAAAAAAAUUCACUUAAUAUUUCUAAUUUAAUAAUGAGUUAUUUUUAAGAUUAAGCAGGUUUAAAAGAAGUAGAAAUUGUAAAUUCCAAUGAGGAUUUUAAAUUUCAAAAACAAAAAAGAUAGAGCUUUUCAUAAAAAAUCAAAAAGUAAAAAUGUGUUGAGGAAACUUUUUAAAAUUAUUUUGACAGUUAAAUGAAUAAUUUUCGAAUUAGCGCUUGGGAAUACUUAAAGUCAUAACUUUUUUGCUAUUUUAGUAAAUUUUACAAUAACAGAAAAAAAAUAAUCAAUUACACUAAAGAAAAGCUCUAUAAUUACAUAGAUUUAUUCAAUAUAAUUAAUAAAUUAAAUGAAAUAGAGAAGUUAAAAAGACUUAUUUUGGACGAGGAUCAGUUGAAAUUAUUUGAUUACCUCCCGAAACCAACAAUUUCAGCCGAUAUAAUUUCAAAAUCACAUUUUGAAUAAAAAAGAAAAGAAGUUGAUUUACUUUACUAAGACUAACGAUCAGAGUUGUAAAAGGCAUCUGAUAGCUUUUAGGCCUAUUAUAAUUUAGUUUAAAAAUGUGAAUUAACAACUUUAGAUCAAAAAUUAAUUCAUUAAAUAGAUCCUGAUCUAAAAAAAAUAUUUUAAGAUAUUAGUAAAAAAUAAGAUUUUUAGACAAACUAAUUUAAUUCCGAAGAUAAUAAAUAAACAGAAGUAUCCCCAUAAAUAAGAUAGUCUAUCUACUUUAAUAACUAAAACUCAGUAAAUAGGAUUUAGAAGGAAAAAAAUACUUUUAAAAUUGAACUAAUUUCUGAACAAGGAACACCAGCUAGCAGCAAUAAUAGAAGAAAUUCGAUUCUAAACUAAUUUAGAAAAUUUGAUGAAAUAAAAGAACCAAUUAAAAGCGAAGAUAUCCUCACCUAAUUAUUUACUACCAGAUCUUAAGGCAAUUAAAAUGAGGAAAGCCAUCUAAAUGAAUUUUAAUAUAAAAAUGAUUAAUAGAAACCUAAUGCUUUUAGAAGUAGGUUAAAUUAAUUAUCAUAGUUAUGA